CUUUCAUCUACUUUAAUUUAACUUUACUGGAAUCAGUGGGAGUUUUUCAAUUGACUGCAAUGGAAUUGGAUUACAACUCAGUUCAGGAAGGGGGCUGGCAACAAAGCAAUAAAUCAUCCACUAAGGGACAUGGAUCACUGAAGAGACUGAUCAUGGAGUCACCAAGCAAAGGGGUCUGGAAGCUAAAAGAUAAUGAAGACUCUCCCAAGUGGUGCUUCUGAGCAAACACAGGGCAAUGAAAGGAGAGGCUAACAUCACUUAAUUUUUAAGGCCCUGCCUCUGAACAACCUACAACAAGGGUGGACAACUCCAGCACUGAGCUUCUGCUGCUGGCCAUGGAUUUCUGGAUAUCUUUUAAAACGAUGACUGAAAACAUCAUACAGCAGUAGAAGAUUUCAGAUCAGAAAUAUUGUAACUCAGUUCUGAAUCGUUAUCUACAAAGAUUGCUGGUUGGAGCACCUCGGGAGAGAGCCUUUCCAUCCCAGCAAGCCAACAGAACUGGAGGGUUGUAUAGCUGUGACAUUACAUCCCCAGAGACACAUUGCACACGUGUCCUCUUUGAUGAUAACGCUGAUCCAGCAACGGAGAGUAAAGAAGACCAGUGGAUGGGUGUAACUGUCCAAAGUCAGGGGCCAGGAGGAAAAGUGGUGACAUGUGCACAUCGCUAUGAGAAAAGGCAAUAUGUAAACACAGUUCAGGAAUCUCGUGAUAUCAUUGGAAGGUGCUACCUGCUGAGUCAGGAUCUCACUAUUAAGGAUCCUAAGGAUGAUGAGUCUGCUAUGGAUGGUGGAGAAUGGAGUUUUUGUGAUGGCCGACUGAGGGGCCAUGAGAAAUUUGGUUCAUGUCAGCAAGGUGUAGCUGCUACUUUUACUAGAGACUAUCAUUAUGUUGUAUUUGGUGCACCAGGAACUUAUAACUGGAAAGGGGUGGUUCGUGCAGAGCAAAAGAAUCAAACGUUUUAUGCUUUGGAUAUCUUUGAUGAUGGGCCUUAUGAAGUUGGUAGUGAGAGUCGCCGAGCUGAGAAUCUAGUUCCUGUUCCAGCUAACAGUUAUUUAGGUUUCUCUUUGGACACUGGUAAAGGUAUCGUUUCCCAAGAAGAGACAACUUUUGUAUCAGGUGCACCAAGAGCCAACCACAGUGGAGCUGUAGUUCUGCUGAAAAAAGAUACCCAAAUUCCGAGAGCACUCUCGCUUGUGCAUAUAUUUGAAGGAGAAGGGCUGGCCUCUUCUUUUGGCUAUGAUGUUGCAGUUGUGGACCUCAACAAUGAUGGUUGGCAAGAUAUUGUUGUUGGAGCCCCACAAUAUUUUGACCGAAAUGGAGACAUCGGGGGUGCUGUGUACAUCUACAUUAACCAACAAGGCAAAUGGGAAGGGGUAAAGCCAAUUCGCCUCAAUGGACUCACUGAUUCUAUGUUUGGUAUUGCAGUUGAAAAUAUUGGUGAUAUUAAUCAAGAUGGAUUCUCAGAUAUUGCAGUGGGGGCACCUUAUGAUGAUUUUGGCAAGGUGUUCAUAUAUCAUGGAUCGAAGAAUGGAAUAAAUAUAAAUCCAGCACAGAUUCUUGAUGGCCAAAAAUCCAGUGUUCAAUAUUUUGGUUAUUCUAUUACUGGAAAUAUGGAUCUUGAUAGAAACUCCUACCCCGAUAUUGCUGUUGGGUCACUUUCAGAUUCUGUCUCUGUUUACAGAUCCCGGCCUGUUAUAAGCAUUAAGAAAACCAUCAGGAUAUCUCCUGACAAAAUUGACCUGAACAGACAGACCUGUUCGGAACCCAGUGGAAUCUGCAUGGAUGUUGAAGCAUGUUUUGAAUAUAUUGCUAACCCCAAGGACUUCAAUCCAAAAAUAAAACUUAACUAUACUUUUGAAGCAGAAAAUGACAGGAGGCGGUUAGGCCUGCCAUCUCGAGUUCAGUUUUCUAAGCAUCUGUCUGAUCAGUUGAUUGGAAGUAUAACUCUAGGAGGACAGAAUAGAAAAGAAUGUGUGAAAACCUCUCUUGUGAUGCAGGAAAAUAUCAAAGAUAAACUACGUCCCAUUCCUGUAUCGGUUGGCGUUAAAAUCAGCGGCUCAGAAUCCAGUUUACCAUCAAAGAGAAGACAAGGAAGAUCACUUCCAGAUCUUGUUCCAAUUCUGAAUUCAAACGAACCAGAAACAGUGAACUCAGAAGUGCAGUUCUUAAAAGAAGGAUGUGGAGAGGACAACAUAUGUAAUAGCAAUUUAAAACUUCAAUACAGAUUCUGUACCAGAGAAGGAAAUGAAGGCAGAUUUGUUUAUUUACCAAUUGAGAACAAUGUUCCAGUGCUUGUCCUCAAAGAUCAGAAGGAUAUUGCGCUAGAAAUAACUGUGACAAAUAAUCCAUCAGAUGCAAAAAAUCUCCAAAAAGAUGGUGAAGAUGCCCAUGAAGCUAAACUAGUUGCAACUUUUCCAGAUAGCUUGACCUACUCUUCUUUCAGAGAGCUGAAGGCUUAUCCUGAAAAACAAUUAACUUGUGGUGCCAAUCAAAACGGUUCUCAAGCAGAGUGUGAACUUGGAAAUCCCUUCAAAAGAAAUUCCAAUGUAACCUUUUAUCUGAUUUUAAGUACAACUAAAGUUAACAUUGACACAACUGAUUUGGAUGUUCAUCUGAAAUUGGAAACAACAAGCAAUCAAGUUAAUUUGGCUCCAAUUACUGCUACUGCUAAAGUGGUUAUUGAAUUGCUUUUGUCACUCACUGGAGUUGCUAAGCCUUCCCAGGUGUACUUUGGAGGUAACGUAAUCGGUGAGAGUGCUAUGGAAUCUGAAGAUGAUGUUGGAAACGUAAUAGAAUAUGAAUUCAGAAUAACUAACUUGGGUAGACCACUUAAAACAUUUGGCACAGCUUCCUUGGACAUCCAGUGGCCAAAAGAAAUCAGCAAUGGCAAAUGGCUGCUUUAUUUGAUGAAAGUAGACUCCAAAGAAUUGGAGAAAAUCCCUUGUGAACCUCGAAAUGAAAUAAACUCUUUGCGACUUAAGGAGUCCCAUAGGUCAAGAAGGAAACGUGAAGUUGCAGAGAAGCAGACUAAUAAUGGCAAAAAAAUGUCUUUAUUUUCAGAAAGAAAAUAUAAGACCCUGGACUGUAAUGUGAAUGCACGCUGUGUGAAUAUAAAAUGUCCCUUGCAAGGCUUGGACAGAAUGGCAUUGGUUGUACUGCGUUCAAGGUUGUGGAAUAGUACCUUCCUAGAGGAAUAUUCUGCGCUGAACUAUCUAGAUAUCCUCGUUAGGGCUAAAAUCAGUGUUCCUGCUGCAGCUGAAAACAUUAAGCUCACAAAUGAAGUUGCUCAAGUGCGGCUUACUGUUUUUCCUGCAAAGACAGUAGCACUUCAUACAGGAGUGCCUUGGUGGAUCAUCUUGGUGGCUAUUCUUGCUGGAAUACUGAUGCUCGCACUGUUGGUGUUUUUACUAUGGAAGUGUGGAUUCUUCCAGCGCUCCAGGUACGAUGACAGUGUCCCCCGAUACCAUGCUGUAAGAAUUCGGAAAGAGGAGCGACAGAUCAAAGAUGGGAAACAUAAAGAGAAUCUUGAGAAAAAACAAUGGAUUACAAAAUGGAAUGAAAAUGAAAGUUACUCAUAGGGAAAAAUUUCCCCCUCAACUCCAAAUUCAGUUUUUAAUAUUUCUUCAUUAAUGGAAUACUGAUGGAUUCAGACCUACAUACAAUAUGGACCUAUAUUUUUGAAUGUAGAUAUUUUUACUUAUAUUGAAGCUUUUGUUUUGCACAGCUAAAUUUAAGAUUGCUUGACUGAUUUUAUCUGCAUUAUUUAAACUUCCAGAUAGAAACAAGAAGCAAAAUUGGUGCAUUGAACUGAGCAUUCUGUGAAAUAUGCACAUUAGUUUAUAAUGUCACAAAAGGUCCUUUUCUGCAUUCCUGAAGUCAAUGGAUUUGCAAGGAAUGCAGGAUCUGGUCCCAAAUAUAUUCUCCAAACUUCUAUCACAAUAUGCAAUCUAUUAUCAACACACUGUAGCCUUGACACACUUUAUUCAAAUAGAAUUUGGGGAAUCUGUGAAUGUGCUAUUCUUGUCAUAAGACUCUGCAGCUAUGAGGGCUUAACCUAAAGUGUCUUAAAUUAAAUGUGCAAUAGGUCAUGUUGCUAUGUUUCUCACACCAAAUAUACACAGGUUUUUUUAAAAAAAAGCUUGAGGAUUAGUUGUAUGUUUUUGUAUAUAUUUUAUUUCUUGUAUUUAUUUUUUAUCAGCAACCAUUUGUCUUUGACUAAUUAGGCCAAAGACUUUAAGUGAACUUUAAAAUUGGUAUGGAUGUUCUUAAAUAGGAUAUGAAAGUCCAGUUAGACGUGAAGCUUUCACUGCAUUUAAAGAGUGCCAGUGCUUUUUUUUUUAAAUGUAAAAUUUCAAUCACUGGCACAUCCUUGAAAUAUAAACAUUCAUGCCAGUAGUUUGUGGGGGCAUUUUUUCUUAUUUCUGUUUAUGCAGCCGGAUUUAGUAAAAAUGUGGACAAAUUGGUGAGAGUCCAGAGGAGAGCAACAAAAAUGAUAAAAUGUUUAGAAAACCUGACUUAGGAGCAACCGGUGUGUAUAUAUAAACAAAAACUGGGCAUGUAUUUAGUUUUGAGAAAAGAAGACUGAGGGGGGAAGGGAGAACCUAAUAAUAAGUCUUCAAAUGUUAAAAGCUGUUGUAAAGAGAACAAUGAUUAAUUGUUCUUUGUCCUCUGAAGGCAGGACAAGGAACAAUGGGCUUAAUCACAGCAAGGAAGAGUGAGGUUAGAUAUUAGGAAAGAAAAACAAAACAAAACACACUUUCUAAUUAUAAGGAUAGUUAAGCUCUGGAAUAAGCUUCCAAGUGAGGCUAUGGAAUCCCCUCAGUGGGGGAUUUUAAGAACACCUGUAAGGCCUGGUCUAGGUUUUACUUGGUCUGGGAUUGACUUUGAGGCCCCUUGCAGCCCUUCAUUUCUAUGACUAAUUAUGUUCCUGUAACAUAAUGUGUGUGUUAAUUGAGACUAUUUCAAUUUUAUUUUGUACAUCCAAAAUGUAUAGGUUUUUCUAUCUAAUUUUUAUACUUAAUACAAAAAGUGAAAGGUGCUUCUGGAAACAAUUUUCCAGCUCCGUAUGGAUUUCAUGUUUAGAAAAAGGUGUGUCUACUACUGAAAAUGUUAUAUAGCACUUGAAAGAAAACAAGCUCCUAUCUGUCCUUAAGAAUAGAUCGGCGCUGAUCCCUUUUGAGACUACUGAGUGAUGUCCUAAAUAUAGCUAAAUGUUAAUUGUAAGAAUAGUGCCACAAUGUUGUGCAGCUCAGUAACCUAAUUGUUAUUUAAAGAGUUUAUUGGGUCUUUUAAUCUACAUUCUAAAAUGUUGGUACUAUUUAAAUAAGAAUUAAGAUUUCUUAUUCCAUAUAAAAAUGCUAAUGAACUGUGUGCAUAAUUGUUUUGCAUAGGGAUGAGAAUUAUGCAAAAACUUGUAAAAGUAUUUUCUUUACAAGCUGCUGGCUUUACCUUCCCCCAGAAGUCCAUUGUUCUAAUGCAGACUGCUGGGGUGACUGAAGCAAGCAAGACUGGUCACCAGUUGUGUGGGUGGGUUUUGUUUUGUACUAUUCAUUUAUUUCAUUCAGUCAGGCUUUUUGAAGCUUUAUUUCUUUAAAAAUGUUAUUUUAGAAGCUGCAUUCUUGUGCUUCAAGGUUAACAGGUCCCAUGUAUAAUUUCCUCCCCUCCCCCAAUCUCAUACUUCCAAAAUUACAUUGUGACCCCCUGUUCUGCAACGUGUGUGUACAUAGCUGUUUACUGCAUAAUGUCAGUCUGCCUCCCUAAUGAGAGCUACAGCGGUGUUUAAAAUUCCAGCUUCUUUUCCCAGUGGCUCAAAACCCCAAGAAACUGAGCUCAUCAGUUGCUAAGAAGUGGAAUUUUGAGACUGUGGCAGCCCUUGUUAAAACAAAACAUAUGGUUAGGUAUGGGGCACCCUUUUAUUAUAAAGAGCAAAAUAAUAGAUGUCUUGGCAGUGUAAAAUUUAGGACUAUUGAAAAUAUCAUCUCCUGUCAUGUCACUGGUAUACUAUCCUCUCAUACACACAACUAGUAAUGCUAAAUCAUUCCAGGAUUAGAAAUUACCUGUGGAUAUUUGUAUAAAAAAGUGAAUUUUUAAAAAUUAAAAUACACAUUGCCUUUAUAUUACUAGUAUAUUUCUUACAGAAACUCAGUUGCUAAUGUUUAUUUUAUGUUUAACAAAUUCUUUCUGAUAAAAGAAACUUGUCCUGUAAGUGGUGCUUAGAUUUCACAGCUCACCAAGGUGUUAUAACUAAAGCCAGCCUGCUCUAUAUGUAAUUUUCAGCAUGAAUUAAAGUGAGAAAUAGGAACUAUA